AUGCUUGGUGUUUCUAAAUCAGUAUUCGUGUAUUCCAUCAUUAACUGCAUUACAGUUGUUGCACUUGUCUCUAUAAGAGAAUUGCCAACUGAUGAUAUCAUUGUUAAUAUCAAUAAAGGUUAUGCUCUUCAACGUAUCGGUACUUACUCAACGAAUAUGGUAGAAGAAGUUGUGGACACAUUUUUAUCACUUGAUAAUUUUUGUGCCGUACAAACAACAAACGCUGUUUGUAAAUAUACUUCAUCAUCGCCACCGACAAACAUUAUUGAACUUGCCACUAUAAUAACAUCUGAUCAUAUAAGAGACAUAUCAUUUAGUUACGACAGAGAUAACGUGUCACAAUUGAUUGCUAAAGAUUUAAACCGUGUUCUUAACAAUAAUGCCGCCAAAUUAUCACCAGCAACAACUUCUAUUAAUGCCGUUGAUAAUAAUAAUAAUAAUAAUAAUAUACUACAGUUUCGUCCAACAUCAGUAGAUAUGAUUAUUAAAUAA